GAGAGGUUCCGUACAGUGUUCAAUUCAUGAAGAGGGUAUAGAAGGUGGUUCUAGGAGGAGAGAUAGGUGUGUUUGAAGGUGAACAAGAAAAGGGGAAUUUUUUUUUCGUUUUUGGGAAAUUUUGGUUAUAAUGGGGAGGGGAAGAGUGGAGCUGAAGAGGAUAGAGAACAAGAUAAACAGGCAAGUGACCUUCGCCAAGAGGAGGAAUGGGCUGCUCAAGAAGGCCUACGAGCUCUCUGUGCUCUGCGAUGCUGAGGUCGCCCUUAUCAUCUUCUCCAACCGCGGCAAGCUCUAUGAAUUCUGUAGCAGCUCUAGCAUGCUCAAAACGCUUGAUCGUUACCAAAAGUGCAGCUAUGGAUCGGUUGAAGUCAACAAACCCUCCAAAGAACUCGAGAACGCCUACCGAGAGUACUUGAAGCUGAAAGGGAGAUUUGAGGCCCUACAACGGACUCAGAGAAACCUUAUGGGGGAAGAUUUGGGGCCCUUGAACUCGAAGGAGCUCGAGCAGCUCGAGCGUCAACUCGAGGCAUCAUUGAAGCAUAUUAGGUCGACUAAGACUCAGUGUAUGCUCGAUCAGCUUUCCGAUCUCCAGAACAAGGAACAAUCCUUGAUGGAAGCGAACAGAGCGUUGACCCUCAAGCUGGAUGAAGUUUGUGCAAGAAAUAAUCUUCGACCGCCAUGGGGGGGUGGCGAUCCAAGCAUGACCUAUGGUCAACCGCACCCACAACCUCAGGAAUUUUUCCAGCCUCUUGAAUGCAACCCCACCCUGCAAAUCGGGUAUGAUGCUGGGGGAUCUGAUCAAAUGAACACUAGUGCAGCCACUCCAAAUGCUACUCAACAGGCCAAUGGUUUCCUUCCUGGUUGGAUGCUCUAAGCCUCCCAGAACAACAAUAAGUCCUCCGCACCAAUCAAUCCAAAUUACACAAGUGAAAGACUCUUUCGAGUGGUGGGCUCCUUUUCUUCUUAAUAGUUCAUGAUAACAAGCUGAUUAGCCUCUAUCAAUGUAACUACGCAAGUUCAACAUAAAGCAGCUAAAGAACUUGUUUAACUUUCAAACACCAGGCGGUGUGCUAUGGACCUUAAAUCCCCAAUGUCUUGUAUUCUGAUUCCGAAUUAUAGCGUAGCCAAGAACUAUGAUGUAAUGUUUUCAAAUAAAUAACCGAGAAAUACUAUGUCUUUGCUAUACCCAUUCAAA